CCCCUCGGCGCGCCCUCGCUCCGCCCUGCCGCUAGCCCGCUGCAGUGCCGGCCCCAGCGACCCUCCGCGGCCCCGUGGUCCUCCGCAGCCAGCCUCCAUGGACUCGCUCGCCCCACAGCAGCCCAGGCUGCCCCGCGCGCGGUUCGCUGGCACCUCUGGCCGUGGGGCGGCCUCCGUCAGCUGCAGCCGACUCCGCCAGGUUCAGAGCAUCCUGACCCAGAGCAGCAAGUCUCAACCCGAUGGGAUUCUCUGCAUCCUAGGAAUUGACAGCAGGUACAAUGAAGGCUGCAGAGAGCUGGCAAAUUACCUUCUGUUUGGUUUAUACAGUCAGAAUACCACUGAUUUUGAGAAAACAGGAUUUUCCGAAGAAAUUCUAGAUGAUGUGAUUAUAUUGAUUAAAUCAGAUAGUGUCCAUCUGUACUGUAACCCUGUCAACUAUCGAUACCUUUUGCCUUAUGUAGCACAUUGGAGAAACCUGCAUUUCCACUGCAUGACGGAAAAUGAGUAUGAAGAUGAGGAAGCAGCAGAGGAAUUUAAGAUUUCCAGCUUUGUGGACAUGGUUCGAGACUGCAGUAGAAUUGGUAUUCCUUACAGCUCUCAAGGUCACUUACAGAUAUUUGAUAUGUUUGUGGUGGAGAAGUGGCCAAUUGUACAGGCCUUUGCACUUGAAGGUAUUGGAGGCGAUGGAUUUUUUACCAUGAAAUAUGAGCUGCAGGAUGUAAGUUUGAGUCUGUGGAAUGUCUACAGCAAGAUGGACCCUAUGUCUCUGGAGACUAUGCUUUCAGAAGACUUGGUGGUGUUUGAGCAUCAGUGGACAAGCUUCUUUGCUAAUUUUGACACAGAAAUUCCUUUCCUGCUGGAACUUUCAGAAUCUCAGGCGGGUGAGCCGUUCAGAAGCUACUUCAGUCAUGGAAUGCUCUCCAGCCACAUUACUGAAAACAGCCCUCACCGACAGCCAUUUGUCCUUUUUGGUAACCACUCUGCACGAGACAGCCUGAGCGCUGGCAGCUUCAACUUCCCUUCUGAGGGCCACCUGGUGCGCAACACUGGUCCUGCGGGGAGCUUUGCCAGACACAUGGUCGCUCAGUGUGUCUCACCAAAGGGACCUCUGGCGUGUUCAAGGACGUACUUUUUGGGCGCUACUCAUGUUCCUUACUUGGGUGAUGAUGGCAAGCUGCCCAAGACAACUGAACAAAUUAGGCUCUUAUCCCAGAUAUAUGCUGCUGUUAUUGAGGCUGUUUUGGCUGGCAUUGCAUGUUAUGCUAAAACUUGCAGUCUGGCAAAGGCCAAGGAGGUAGCAGAGCAUACUCUGGAAUCUGAGCUAGUAUUCACUGAAUUGGUUUCAUUCAAAGCAGAUCUACGCUCCAAGGUGGCUUUUCAUAUCCAUGCUGUGAAUAACCAGGGAAGAAUUGUGCCUCUGGAUAAUGAAGAUAGCUUAUCCUUUGUGAAAACGGCUUGUAUGACUGUCUAUGACAUUCCUGACUUGCUGGGAGGAGGAGGAGGAUGCUUAGGAUCUGUGGUCUUCUCAGAGUCAUUUUUGACGUCUCGGAUCCUGGUUAAAGAAAAGGGUGGCACUAUUACCCCAGAAACCAGCUACAUUGUCCUGACAGCUGCCAUCCCCAGAUUCUGUUCCUGGCUGGUAGAAGAAAAUGAAAUAAAAUUGUCUGAGAAAACCCUACAAGCAACAAGGGGGGACGAGUGUUUCCUGGGCACAUUGCUAACAGGAGGAAAAGGAGCAUAUCUUUAUUCCAACAGUCCACAGUCCAGGCCUGAGGAAGGGAGUGUGCACUUCUUCUCUGGUGGCCUUCUGUUUUCUCACCGCCAUCAUGGAAGUCUCACCAUUUCCAAGGAUCACAUGAACUCUGUUUCCUUCUAUGAUGGGGAUUCCACCAGCAUCGUGGCCGCCCUGCUCAUCGACUUCAGAGACUCACUACUUCCUCAUCUCCCAGUUCAGUUCCACGGACCUAGCAAUUUUCUGAUGAUUGCUCUUUUCCCCAAGUCAAAGAUAUAUCAAGCAUUUUACUCAGAGGUCUUCUCCUCCUGGCAACAGCAGGAUAACUCAGGGCUUUCUUUAAAAGUGAUCCAGGAAGAUGGAUUAUCUGUGGAACAAAAGAGGUUACACUCCAGUGCACAGAAGCUCUUCAGUGCCCUGAGCCAUCCUGCAGAGCAGUGGAGCUCUUCGAAGCUGCUCUCAGCCAAACUCCCGGAGUUGGAGCGGUUUCUCCAGCAUUUUGCUAUCAGCAGCGUUGGUCAGGAGCCUGUGAUGCGGACCCAUCUUCCAGGCCUGCUGCAGCAAGCUGAAGUCAGCCCUGCGCAUGGAUUAGAAAGUGACAAGGUCAUCAUCAGCAUUGUAACUGGUCUCCCUGGCUGUCAUGCUAGCAAGCUCUGUGCUUUCCUGGUCACUCUGCAUAAGGAGUACGGCAGAUGGAUGGUUUACCGCCAAAUCAUGGAUAGCUCUGAAUGUUUCCAUGCUGCCCACUUCCAAAAAUACCUUUCCAGCGCCCUGGAGGCCCAACAGAACCGCUCUGCCCGACCGUCAGCCUACAUCCGCAAGAAGACCAGACUGCUGGUGGUAUUACAAGGUUACACAGAUAUCAUUGACGUUGUCCAGGCCCUGCAGACUCACCCAGACCCAAAUGUCAAGUCCUACUUCGCCAUUGGUGCCGUCACAGUGUGUGUGGAGCCCCUGAGCUGCUACAUGGAGCACAGAUUUCUCUUUCCUAAAUGUCUUGACCAGUGCUCACAAGGCUUGGUGAAUAAUGUGGUGUUUACCAGUCACACACUGGAGCAGAGGCACCCUCUCCUCGUUCAGCUGCAGACCCUCAUCAGGGCUGCCAACCCCAGUGCAGCCUUCAUUCUUGCAGAAAAUGGGAUGGUCACAAGGAAUGAAGACAUUGAGCUAAUUCUCUCAGAAAACAGUUUUUCAAGUCCCCAGAUGCUACGUUCUCGAUACUUAAUGUUUCCGGGCUGGCAAGUAUCAUUGCUGAAUAGUAGCUUUAAAAGGAAAUGUGAGCCACAUCUACAGCAAAGAAGAUCAGAAAUGACAAUACCAAAUAUGAUUCACAAGAGUCAGAUGUGUUAAUUGGGAUAAACUGCCCUGCCCUGAUAGCCUUGCCAAGGGGCCAGUGUUCCACAUUCUGAGCCUCUCUGAGCAUUGCGAUUCAGGAGGUCAUCCCGCAGGCACCAAGUACAGUGGUUCUUGGUGGCACAGCACUAAGGCUUAGAUUCCACAGGUAAAAAAAUCACAGAGUACAUAGUCAGCUGUCUAGAGCAGGUGGUCAGCCAUCUAGAGCAGGUGGUCAGCUGUCUAGAGCAGGUGGUCAGCUGUCUAGAGUAGGUAGGCUUCUGCUAAUGAGAUCCAUGGACUGCUGUGUGCAGCCAUCUCCCAGCUCAAGAACUUCUCCAAAAGGAGGAGAAAAGAGGUUUGCCAAGUCCACCAUAAUCUUACUCUAAUACCAUCACCACCUGGGCUAGCCUAGGGGCUAGGCAUUGUUCUAAAACUGCUCUCGACUAGCCACACAGCUUCUGAGUAUAAUGUUAACAUAAAUUAAUAAAACCCAACCAAAAUUUAGAGUUAAUUGUGGCUGCCUGUGCCUGUCAGCCACAGUACUGGGCAGUGUAGAGCCAGAACAUUCCCAUGAUGGCAGGAAGCUCUGCAGUGCUGCUUCAGAACCUUGCCUGUCUUGGAUUUUUUAU